AUGGGAUUUCCGCGAGAAAUAUGCGUUUUCCUGUUCUCACUGACUGCCCUUGUGGUCCUUUACACAAUGAACAACGUCCCAGCUUUUCAAGAGCCCAUGGUUAUUCUGGAAAUCGGAGUAGCAGUUCUGGUGGCCGUUUUCCUCCUGGUCUACUUGGCUGUCUGCCACAACCCACCGAAAGACCCUCUGUUUUAUGUGUUUGCUGAGUUUUCUUUCACAUGCGUGAUUGACUUGACCAGUGCUUUGGAGUACGAUGGCUUCGUCUCUGGUUUCAUGGAGUUUUACCGGAAGACGGGGGAGCCGUAUCUGGGCACGGCCUAUGCCAUAAUGAUGUGUUACUGGGAUGGAAUCGCUCACUUCAUCAUGUAUCUUGUGAUGGUGCGUCGCAUGUCCAGGAGGAAGCCGUACCGCACUUUGGGAAUCUUCUGGGCUGGAUCUCUGUUUUCCAACAUGGUCGUCUUUGUUCCGGGAAUCGUGAUUGGAAAAUAUGGUUCGGAAAUUCGUCCUGCCUUCUGGCUCAACAUGCCGUUCCUCCUGGUGCCAAUGUGGGGCGCCAUUUCCCUGUUCCAGAGGCCAAGGCAACUCCUGAUGGUGGGGGCGUCUAAGGUGGAGCGUGAGCAGCGGAAAGCUCUGGUUUGGCGUCCUCUCGACCUGCUUUUCGUCAUCUACCUUCUCUGGGCCGUGGCGUUCACCGUCUUCAGAGGUCUGGUCGUUCUCGGCUGUCCUCUGGAGUUCUGCUCUGCGUACCUGAAUGAAUACGAGCCCUAUCUAAAGGAUCCGGUCGGCUACCCCAAGGUUAUGAUGCUGCUUUUCUUGUUCCACGCCCUGCCCCUGCUCAGUUCAUUUGCAUACGGACUCACGGUACCUGGCUGCACGUGGAUGCUGGACUGGACUGUGUUCUUUGCUGGAGCAAUGGCUCAGACUCAGUGGUCUCACAUUGGGGCCUCUCUGCACCCCCGAACUGCUGCCCAGUACCACAUCCCAGAGGCUGCAAUGGUCCCAGUCCUCCUGAUGAACCUGCUGUUUGCCCUGGGGCCAACCGCGCUGGCUCUGCGCUGCACCCGAGACCCCGCCUUCUUUAUGACAUCAGCGUCAGCAGGCCAGGCCAAUCACGAGAAGAAACUGAAUUAA